GAGGGCGGCGACUGGCUCUGCUCCGGGGCGCAGCGGCCACGUCUGAGGCGCUCUUUCCCCGCGGUUCUGCCCGUCACGAGAGGCAAGCGGCAUGUCUUUCAUUCCCGCGGAGGAGACCUCGGACUUCCCCCUCCAGAACCUGCCCUACGGAGUCUUCUCCACAGAGGAGAAGCCCAAACCCAGGAUUGGAGUAGCUAUUGGUGACCAAGUGCUGGACCUCAGUGUUAUUAAGCACCUGUUUGAUGGACCCCUCCUUUCCAAGAAUCAUCACGUCUUUGAACAGGAAACCCUGAACCAUUUCAUGGCACUGGGCUGGGAAGCAUGGAGGGAAGCCCGAGCUGUCCUUCAAAAGCUACUCUCUGCUGAAGAGCCGACACUGAGAGAUGACCCAGAGCUACGCAAAAGAGCAUUUGUACCUCAGGCUUCUGCUGUAAUGCACCUUCCAGCUGAAAUUGGUGAUUACACAGAUUUCUAUUCCUCCUGGCAGCACGCUACAAAUGUCGGGGUGAUGUUCCGUGGAAAGGAGAAUGCCUUGAUGCCAAACUGGUUACACUUACCUGUUGGGUACCAUGGACGUGCCUCUUCUGUAGUCAUAUCUGGGACGCCGAUCCAGAGGCCAGCAGGACAAAUGCAACCUGAUGACACUAAGCCUCCAGUGUUUGGUGCCUGCAAACUUUUGGAUAUUGAGUUAGAAAUGGCCUUCUUCGUAGGCCCUGGAAACAAAGCCGGAGAGCCCAUCCCCAUCCGUGAAGCGCACAAGCACAUCUUUGGGAUGGUACUCAUGAACGACUGGAGCGCUCGUGACAUUCAGAAAUGGGAAUAUGUUCCCCUGGGACCCUUUCUGGGCAAAAGUUUUGGCACUACCAUCUCCCCAUGGGUGGUUACCAUGGAAGCCUUGAUGCCCUUUGCAUUGCCGAAUCCCAUCCAGAAUCCCAAGCCACUGCCCUACCUCUGUGAUGAUCAGCCAUAUACUUUCGACAUAAACCUCUUCGUUGCUAUUAAAGGUAAUGGAAUGAGCAAACCUGUUAAUAUUUGCUGCUCAAACUUUAAAUACAUGUACUGGACCAUGAAACAACAGUUGGCACACCAUACCAUCAAUGGCUGCAAUCUCAGACCAGGAGACCUCCUGGCCUCUGGAACAAUCAGUGGACCAGAUCCUGAGAGCUUUGGUUCCAUGUUGGAAUUGUCAUGGAAAGGGACCAAAGCUAUCGACCUUGGGAAUGGCCAGUCUCGUAAAUUUCUGCAAGAUGGGGAUGAGGUCAUUAUAACAGGCUACUGCCAGGGAAACGGUUAUCGUGUCGGCUUUGGCAAAUGUUCCGGAAAAAUACUCCCAGCCAGACCACUCUGAUGCUCUUCCUUAGAGAAUGAAGGUGAUGGAGAAGGAAGAGAAAAUUCAUGUUGUGAUAUUUCUGGCACUGUGGUUUACAACGGGCACAAAGGAACCACCACAACACUGUUGAAUAUAUCCUUCUGUGUUAACUUCUUGCCAUUUUCUAAAGAACUCUAUAUUCUUGGUGUUUCCUCUAACGAUAAGUUUUUGCAAGCAUCUAAUCCUCCAUCUUAUAAAGCAUCUAAUCCCCUGUA